CUAUGAGCAGAACGUUAUCACAUCUCAACAUGUCGUGAUACUUGUUUAAGGCUAAAUUUUAAAAAUAUGACGGCGAUUUUGACCAAACUCAACAUAUCGUGUGUUUUAUUAUUUAUCUUGUAUCACUCUGAUGUUUUGAGGUUUUCCUCGGUUGCCGCACAAGAGAAUGAUGAGUCAUUGGGGCUCAUGCUGUCAGAGGAUCCUGUGUCCGACUUGGAGAACAGCCCCAAGUUCGUGGAGUCAGAGGACCUGGACUCUCUGCCCAAGAGGCAGUUCAAGACAGCUGAGAUAGCAGAUGCUGUGAUGGGAACCGAAGCCCCCAUCAAUCCAUCUGAUAUCGAGUCCCUCUUCCCCAAAAAUGUAAAAGACUUCCAGUCAGGCUUCUCCCCGCCUUGUGAUGAGAGCAGUGCCCAGUGCGGUUCACCUGCUCUGGCUGCUUCGGGAGGAGCAUCGAUGGAGGAUAUGAGCUCGGAAUCAUUACAGCAGGUCACUCUCGACAUCGUGCAUGCAGACAUCACGCCAAGCGAGGAGCAGAACGCCACAGAGACCGCCAAGACGUACAAGGUGAACUGUGAUAAGAGGAACAUCACAGGCAUGGACAGUUUCACUGUGCAGGUCCUCAACGCGUCACAGGACCUGAUGGAGUUCCUUAAUGCUAACAGCACGGAGUGCUCUGUGGUGCUGUUCUUCACCGCCUGGUGCCAGUUCUCAGCCAGCCUGGCUCCUCACUUCAACGCCCUGCCCCGAGUCUUUCCCAGCAUGCACUUCCUGGCACUGGAUGCCUCGCAGCACAGCAGCCUCUCCACAAGGUUUGGGACCGUGGCAGUGCCCAACAUCCUGCUGUUCCAGGGGGCCAAACCUAUGGCUCGGUUCAACCACACCGACAGAACGCUGGAGACGCUCACCUCCUUCAUCGCUAACCAGACAGGGUUUGACGCCAGCUCAGACAGAAACGUGUUGGACGCAGACCGCCUCGGCCCCCUCCCCAGUGUCCCGGUGAAGAGCAUCGAUUGGCUGCUGGUCUUCUCUGUCCUCUUCAUCACGGGCUUCACUCUGUACGCCAUCCUGCGGACAGACAGCAUCCGCUGGCUCAUACCGGGACAGGAGCACGAGCAUCAGGACUGAAAACACACACAGACUGCAAGUCAUCGGAUGUAAACGAUUAUUUAAUAAACAUUAGUUUGUUCUUAAAAUUAAACAGUUGCUAAUUUGCCUAUGCUUCAAGUGUUUGAUGAACAUAAUUUAUGUGAGCUGUUGUGAUUCAUAAUGAAAAUAUUAGGAUUUGAAGCUGUUAACAUUUCAGGGUUUUUGCAAUGUUA